CCCUAUAUAUCUCCCUCCUGCAUUCCUAUGAACUUUAGGGCAUGGAGUCAGAGGAGUUUGGGAAUCAGAAUCAGCAGCCACCCGAAGGGCCUUCCACACACCCACUGGCCCGUGUGGGGUGCUGGACUUGUGCAGUGGUUGGAAACUCAAAGUUCCUAUUGGGCUCUGGCCUUGGCCUAAAGAUUGACCAACAUGAUGUGGUCCUCAGGAUGAACCAGGCGUCUGUCCAAGGCUUUGAGGCGGAUGUGGGAGAAAGGACCACUGUGCGCGUUACGUACCCCAAGAUAGACAGCCCACAGGAUCCUGGUGCCCAGCUGCUGCUGCUUCCUCUGAAUUCAUCUGGUCUGAAGUGGGUCAUGGACAUAGUGCAAAAAGACAGCAUCAUUCAGAAGGCAGAAAAUCCUGGGUAUGGUGGUGGAGGGUAG